GUGCCAGGGGUCGCGAGACAGAGGGUGGCACCGGAGAGGAGGAGUGCCAACAGGCGGUGGCCCUUGGUAGUGUGAUGUUGAGGGGGACCAGGAUCCAAGAGGAAGGCACUGCGCAGGAGGAGAACGACCCAAAGAUCGAGGCGCAUGGCCAUCACGGUGCAGGUGGCGUGGCUGGCCUGCUUGGCGCUGCUGCAGGCCAUGCACGGACUCGCUUCGACCCCCGGCGCGUCCUACGGGGCUCCUGAGGUCCUGGUGCUGGACAAGGUCUUGAAUUCCCUGGAAGACCCUCUGUCAGGGCGGAAUGGCACUUCGAGGCCGUCCCUGGCGGGCGGUCCAGGGCUGGUGGAGAAGGCCGUCGACGGGGUGGGGGUGAUCCUGGAUGCGCUGGAGGCGGUCCAGGGCGAGGGCGGCCCCAGGGCAUCGCCGUCGCCCCCGCCGCUCGCCGGGGAGAAGCGAGCGAAGAGGCAGUCCAUCCCGUAUGAGGCCUACACCCCGCCGGGCUUCUAUCAGGUGCAGCCACAGGCGAGGCCGCAGCCACAGGCGAGGCCGCAGCCACAGGCGAGGCCGCAGCCACUGCCAUACCCGCAGACGAGACCCCAACCCUAUCCACCACCAGGGUACCCACAGACAAGACCCCAACCGUAUCCACCAGGUGACCCCCGUAUCUACCAGCGGCCGACCUGCCCCAUGCCACGACCCGUGUCCAACGAGAACAGAUGGGAGUACCUCAAGCGAGUCGUCAGCGUCCAGAACCAGUGCAGAAUCAGAAACCCCUGCACGAGGUGCCCGCUACGAAAGAGCCACGAGCGGUGCGUCUUCGACUUCGACACACUCAUGACCCGACUGGCCCUCCUCGAAGGCAAGCUCAAGGACAUGGCCAAGCUGGAGGCGAGGCUGAAGAUCCACGUGAGUCUCCUCAUGAGCAUCCAGAGCAAUGCCAACUUCCCCGGAGUGGCCGGCGCCAAGGGCCACGCGGGCGAGAAGGGCGAGAAGGGCCAGAAGGGCUUCGCCGGCUUCGCGGGUCCGCCGGCCACUGCUUCACCCGCCACGUGGACGACGCGCGACGCGGGCCUCCGGGGGCCGCCGGGGAGCAAGGGCGAGCCGGGGCAGGCCGGGCCCAAGGUGUGCGGCUGCGACGGCGAGAGGGGGGAGCCCGGGGAGCGCGGCGAGGACGUCAAGGGCCCCCGAGGCCGGAGGGGCCGCAAGGGGGAGAAGGGACCCCAGGGGCGCAGGGGGCUGCCCUGAGGCGGGCUCCUCCGGGCUUCUGGAGUCGCUCUUCCUUCGUCGUCGUUGGGAGGCAGCGAAUGGGUUGUCUUCGCUGUUUCUCUCUCUCUCGCUCUCUCUCUCUCUCUCUCUCUCUCGCUCUCUCUCUCUCUCUCUCUCUCUCUCUCUCUCUCUCUCUCUCUCUCUCUCUCUCUCUCUCUCGCAUCAUUAUUAUCCUGCACUUCCAUUAUCUCCCAUUAUCCUUUAAACCUGAGUUAUUCUUUGAGAAGGUCCGGUACUCGUCGUCGUGGUGGCAGAAUUCGUGGUGUUUGGCUGCGUCAACUUUUCCAGCAGAAUCAGUUGCUUUUCAGUCUCUGAACUGACUGAGGCUCAAUUACUUGCUUAGCGAAUAAUUAAUAAAAAAAUUAAGAAGUGAAAAGAAUUAGGCAGCGAUGGAUGUUUAUAUUUCUUGGAAGAACUGAAUUAUAUUCCUACAACUUUAGCUGGAAAUAAUGAUAAUCGUAAAGGAGAAACAGCAAGAUUUAUUAUUAUUAUUAUCUUCUCUCUCUUUUCGUAUCCUCUUUGUUCAUUUUCCUUUCACAAGUGUUGCAUUUUUUUAGUUUUUGAAAAUACAAUGAACUUUCCCGAG